UAGCAGUAAUUCUCAAGUGUUUUCCUCUCAAACAGCUGCAAGGGACUCGGGCCUAUAGCACACUCGGCUCCGGAAGUGACGUCUCCCAGAGGGGCCGGAAGUGGCAGUGGAGGGAGGGAAGAUGGCGGAGGUGGGGGAGAUAAUCGAGGGCUGCCGCCUGCCCGUGCUGCGGCGCAACCAGGACAACGAAGAUGAGUGGCCUCUGGCUGAGAUCCUGAGCGUGAAGGACAUCAGUGGCCGGAAGCUUUUCUAUGUCCAUUACAUUGAUUUCAACAAACGUCUGGAUGAAUGGGUGACUCACGAGCGGCUGGACUUAAAGAAGAUCCAAUUUCCCAAGAAAGAGGCCAAGACACCUACCAAGAACGGACUUCCUGGGUCCCGCCCCGGCUCUCCCGAAAGAGAGGUGCCGGCCUCCGCCCAGGCCAGCGGGAAGACCUUGCCAAUCCCGGUCCAGAUCACACUCCGCUUCAACCUGCCCAAGGAGCGGGAGGCCAUUCCAGGUGGCGAGCCUGACCAGCCGCUCUCCUCCAGCUCCUGCCUGCAACCCAACCACCGCUCAACGAAACGGAAGGUGGAGGUGGUUUCACCAGCAACUCCAGUGCCCAGCGAGACAGCCCCAGCCUCAGUUUUCCCUCAGAAUGGAUCAGCGCGUAGGGCAGUGGCAGCCCAGCCAGGACGGAAGCGGAAAUCUAAUUGUUUGGGCACUGAUGAGGAUUCUCAGGACAGCUCAGAUGGAAUACCAUCAGCACCACGCAUGACUGGUAGUCUGGUGUCUGACCGGAGCCACGACGACAUUGUCACCCGGAUGAAGAACAUUGAGUGUAUCGAGCUUGGCCGCCACCGCCUCAAGCCGUGGUACUUCUCCCCGUACCCACAAGAGCUUACCACGCUACCUGUCCUCUACCUGUGUGAAUUUUGCCUCAAAUAUGGCCGUAGCCUCAAGUGUCUGCAGCGCCACUUGACCAAAUGUGAUCUUCGGCACCCUCCAGGCAAUGAAAUUUACCGCAAGGGCACCAUCUCCUUUUUUGAGAUUGAUGGACGGAAAAACAAGAGUUACUCACAAAACCUGUGUCUUCUGGCCAAGUGUUUCCUGGACCACAAGACACUGUACUAUGACACAGACCCCUUCCUCUUCUACGUAAUGACGGAGUACGACUGCAAAGGCUUCCACAUCGUGGGCUACUUCUCCAAGGAAAAGGAAUCCACAGAAGAUUACAAUGUGGCCUGCAUCUUGACUCUGCCUCCCUAUCAGCGCCGGGGCUACGGCAAGCUGCUUAUUGAGUUCAGCUAUGAACUCUCAAAAGUAGAAGGGAAAACGGGAACACCUGAGAAACCCCUGUCAGAUCUUGGCCUCCUUUCCUACCGAAGUUACUGGUCCCAAACCAUCUUGGAGAUCCUGAUGGGGCUGAAGUCAGAGAGUGGGGAGAGGCCACAGAUCACCAUCAAUGAGAUCAGUGAAAUCACUAGUAUCAAGAAAGAAGAUGUCAUCUCCACACUGCAGUAUCUCAAUCUCAUCAAUUACUACAAGGGCCAGUAUAUCCUAACUCUGUCAGAAGACAUCGUGGAUGGGCAUGAGCGGGCCAUGCUCAAGCGGCUCCUGCGGAUUGACUCCAAGUGUCUGCACUUCACUCCCAAAGACUGGAGCAAGAGAGGAAAGUGGUGACCAAGAGAGCUGGCCAAACUUGGCUGGCAUCCUGUCUUACCCCAUUUGAGCUUCCAAGAGGCAUGCAAAGGGAGACAGGCCGAAGGACAGACCCAAAGGAGAAGAGGCCUAGGAGGGCCGACUAGUGGCCAGUACCAAGGCAAGCUCAGGUCUAGGCCAACUCCAAGGAUAGCUGGCUUAUGGCCCAGGUCCGCUCUGAACACAGGGACCAGAGGGAUCCAGGCAGCUGUGUACAUUAAGAUGGGUGGGGAGCAUUCUGUACAGGACUGGUGAUUGUAAAAAUUUCUUUUAUAAAGGAGGAGCUGGAGGGUGGGGUGGGCGCUGGUUGCAAAGUUCUGGCCCCUCUUGCCCCCAGAAAUAAAUUGUUUAUAUAGGCAGA